GGACGGCCGCCAUCUUGCGCGAAGCAGGAGUCGGAACCCUAGGCUGCGACCGGGAGUGCGCGCCAGUCCACGGCCCAGUGCACCCGCGGCCCAGCCGGAGCCCUCUCUCGCUGCCUCUUCGCACUCGGCCCUGUCCCAGGUCCCGUCCCCGGCCCGGUCCCCCGACCCUCAGCCAGGCCCGGUCUGGCCUCCCCGCGGGGUCACGCGGCCGCCCCGGGGACGAUGAACGGAGGAUAAAUGGUGCCCAAGGCAGACAGCGGUGCCUUCCUGCUGCUCUUCCUGCUCGUGCUCACCGUCACCGAGCCGCUGCGACCAGAGCUGCGGUGCAACCCUGGGCAGUUUGCCUGUCGCAGCGGCACCAUCCAGUGCAUCCCCCUCCCCUGGCAGUGUGACGGCUGGGUGACUUGUGAGGAUGAGAGCGACGAAGCCGACUGUCCAGAAGUGACUGGGGAUUCGCGGCCUUACCAUGGGAAGGAGGCUGUGGAUUCGAGGCAGGGGCGGGCCCGAGGCGGCGACCCCACACGUUUCCACGCAGUGAAUGUGGCACAGCCUGUUCGCUUCAGCAGGAAGUGCCCGACAGGGUGGCACCACUAUGAAGGCACGGCCAGCUGUUACAGGGUCUACCUGAGUGGGGAGAACUACUGGGACGCUGCGCAGACCUGCCAGCGCGUCAACGGCUCCCUCGCCACCUUCUCCACUGACCAGGAGCUGCGCUUCGUCCUGGCCCAGGAAUGGGACCAGCCGGAGCGGAGUUUUGCUUGGCAAGACCAGCACAAGUUGUGGGUUGGCUACCAGUAUGUCAUCACCGACCGGAACCGCUCAGAACGGCAUUGGGAGGUAGCAGCAUUCAAAGGCUCCUCAGAGGUGUUGCUGCCCCCACACCCCACCCUCACCUCGGCCAUGUCUGAAAGUGACAGCAUAUUCUGCGCCCAGCUCCAGUGCUUCCACUUCCCCACCCUCCGCUAUCACGACCUGCACAGCUGGCAUGCCGAGAACUGCUAUGAGAAGUCUUCGUUUCUUUGUAAAAGAAGUCAAACGUGCGUCGACAUCAAGGACAACGUGGUGGAUGAAGGGUUCUACUUCACCCCCAAAGGAGACGACCCGUGUCUGAGCUGCACCUGCCAUGGCGGGGAGCCAGAGAUGUGCGUGGCUGCCCUUUGCGAGCGGCCCCAGGGCUGCCAGCAGUACCGCAAGGACCCCAAGGAGUGCUGCAAGUUCAUGUGCCUGGACCCAGAUGGCAAUAGCCUGUUCGACUCCAUGGCCAGUGGGAUGCGCCUCAUUGUCAGCUGCAUCUCCUCCUUCCUCAUCCUGUCCCUACUGCUUUUCAUGGUCCACCGGCUGCGCCAGCGGCGCCGGGAGCGCAUUGAGUCCCUGAUUGGAGCAAACCUGCACCACUUCAACCUUGGCCGGCGGAUCCCCGGCUUUGAUUACGGCCCAGACGGGUUCGGCACAGGCCUCACGCCGCUGCACCUCUCCGAUGAUGGAGAAGGCGGGACUUUCCACUUCCAUGACCCUCCGCCCCCCUACACUGCGUACAAGUACCCAGACAUUGACCAGCCUGAUGACCCACCACCACCCUACGAGGCCUCCAUCAACCCCGACAGCGUGUUCUACGACCCUGCAGACGACGAUGCCUUUGAGCCAGCAGAGGCCAGCCUGCCGACCCCAGGGGACGGUGACAGCGAAGGCGCAUCACCCCGGUGCCCGGAGCAGCCUCUGCCCGCCGCAGAGGCCUCCCUGGCAGACCUGGAAGACUCAGCUGACAGCAGCAGCACCCUGCUUGUGCCUCCUGACCCUGCCCAGGGCGGGACCCCCCCGGCCCCAGAGGCACUGCCAGCGGGUGGCGGCCACAGCCGCAGCUCCCUCAACACCAUGGUGUAGAGGGUGCCCGGCCCCAGGGGCAUGGAGCACCUGUUUGCUGUCGGGAAAACCGAUUCCUACAGAGACUUGAAGGGCCCUGCGCGAGCCUGGACUCGGCUGUGCCCCCACAGGUGUGCAUGUGCGCCUGGAGACUGCGCCAGCCGCCCGGGGAGCAAGCGCCUGCACUGAGUCUCCGUGAGGGCUUCAAAGACACGUAGCUUUGGGUCACUGUCUUUUUCUUUUUAAAUGACAGAAGAAUGACAAAAGUUUGUUCAUACCACACGUUUCAGAAGUAGGGAACAAAGAAGGCACUGUGGGCCUGGGCAGGGGCCAAACCACACCGGGCUUUGGCGGGCUCGCUCGCUGCAGCACCUCGUCCAGAGGAGCCUGGCGCCCAGCUGCCGAGCCCCAGGGCUGCCACCGCCGUACACCUCACUGGCCGCCGCUCAGGAAGGCGCUUCCGGGCACCAGUGUGUGUGGGCUGCCGGGAUUGUCUGGGCGGUGGGUCUGCUUCAGGGCAGGUGGCCUUGGGGGUGGCUGCAACGGCUGCUCUCGGGGUGACCCUGCCCAGGCUGGAGACUGGCCUGGGACUCUGGUCCAAUGACCCAAAGAAGGGGAACUUGGAAGGAGGUUGAAAUUGCCACUCUCGUUCCAGCUGGGCUCUGCAAAGCCGAGUUCUGUGCCAGAAAGCCCCAUGCCUAGUCCGUUGGGCUUUUCCCCAGCAGUGCUGUGCAUGGCCCCCAGGAGGCAACUUGAGAGCAGGGCGGAGGCCGUUAGCCGUGCAUGAGCGUCCUGGCCCUGGUCCUCUGCUGGCGCUGGGGGUCAGCCUGCUCCCCUGUUACCCUCUGCAGCGCCCCCUCCUAUUGAAUUUGCCCCUGGGCUGGGCCUCCCCCACCCCACAUUUUUGUGCCAUAAAAGGUUGUUUCUUUGUGGGGGGGGGGGUGGCUGACAUUAAAGUCCUGGCCUAUUUCCACUUCCUAAAAGUCCACUUCUUGCAUACCACCGCCACUGCUACAGCCCAGUGCCCGGUGGCUACAUGCCACCUUCCUGUUCUCGGCAGCCCAGGGUGCUGGGUGCCCUGCCCAGGGGCCUUUUGAUUGAGGGACCCUGUUGCCUACUCCUGGGCAGUGGUCUUGUCUCCUGACACCAGGUUUUUAGCAUUUCUGAGGUUUGGAGAUUAAGCGGGUUCUGUGCGAUUUUUCAGCACAUCCAUAUCUUUUCUACGUUGAAUGUCUAGACCUUUUUUGUGUGUGCGUGUGUCUGUGUGUGUACGUGUAUGUCCAAGUGUUUGCAGGUGGCAGUGGUACAGGGAACUCAGUCCUCGAUUUCCCAGGCCAGCCGUGGACUCGUGGGUGGCACUGCAGCAUGUCUGGGCCUGUGCCGCACCUGGUCCCUGUCCCAGCCCGGCCUGCAGCAAGAGGAGAACUGACUUGUGCUGGCGCCCCGUGGGGGCAGACCUCAGAGGUGCAGUUCAGUUCUAGGCACAUCCUCACGCUUCGGUUGGAAAACCCAUAUUGUUCUUCCAAUAUGGAAUGAGAUUCUUGAGUUGCCCCACAGGCUGGCCAGAGGUGUGAGUUUUGUCACUGAACCUGUCCUUGGGCUCAGCGCUCAGGAGGCCAAUGGCAUCCUGGGCACAUGGGCCCCGCACCAGCUGCUAAAAACAAAGCAGGAAGCGUGUGGUGCCUUCAGCGUGUGCUGGGCGCAGGGCAGCUGAGUUCCAGAGCAGCAGUUGCAGGCCUUGGUGUUGGGUGAGGGUCCUGAGCGGGCCCCCAUGAAGAAACCACCCUAAUGGAGCCCUGUAGGGUGGCUGGAACUAGAUACAUGGAACAGGAAGGCGGGGGGCUUCCUUUGUGGACCGAAGAGCUGCUGGACACAGGCAUGUGGAAGGCACUCAGGAGGAGACAUGGGAGCUGCAGGGGGCCCACCUCCAGGCUGGCCAGGGCUCUGUCCAGGGGGGCCCACCCCCUGGCGUCCUUGGGCAGAGGGCUGCCUGCCCCACAGUGUCUCCAGGAGCUGCGCUCUGCUGGAAGGCAUUUGGGAGGGCGCCCAGGGGAAGCCAUGGCCUGCCCGGCCGCCCCCAGCCUCCUGUCCAGUCACCACCGUUUGUAAGAUCUGACUGCUCCACUGCCAACUCUGCCUGAGAUUCUUGUGUCCCUGUGAGAGGCGGGUUUUCUGCCCCAUCCACGCUGGGCCUCCAGAAGGACAGGUCAAGGUCUUGGGAGGGGCCUCCUCCCCCAGGACCUGAUCCGCCUGGUGGAAGUGAGAGUGGACUCUGUACAUUGUCUCAAUGCCUGUUUUUUAUGUUUUCCUUUCACUAAGGGUUUUUAGUUUGGGUUUCUUUUUGGUUGGGUUGGCACUAAUCCUUAAGAUGCUGUGAGAACCAUUUCAUCCAAAUGCCAAAUAAAUUUGUGU